AUGGCUGGGAAGAAGGUGAAAGUUGCCUUUAUCUGUAAUAUUUCAGCAAGGAAGGAAUGCUAUAGGAAAAGAAAGAAGGGUAUCAUAAAAAAGAUGAGAGAAAUCAAAAUUCUUUGCGAUAUUCCAGCAUGUGCUAUAAUUUCAAAUCCUUUUAAUUCUAAUAACACAGAGGUGUGGCCAGAUCUAGAGGAAGCCAAGCAAGUGAUUGAGAGGUAUCAGAAUUUAUCGCAGAUCGAUAAGACGAAAAAUGUGAACCAAGAGAGCUUUGUCUUGCAGAGGCUUACUAAAGCCAGGGAGAAGCUUGAAAAGCAAAGACAAGAGAUUCGUGACAAGGAGAUGACCAUUCGUAUGAUUCAAUACAUGAAAAACAAAAAUUUGCCUGAUGAUGUUUCUGUUUCAGAUUUGAAACACUUUCAAAAGCUAAUUGAGGAGAAUCUCAAAGAUAUUGAUAACAAGUUGAAUGGAUCCAAUUAA